ACGCCCGCGCGCUUCCUGUUGAGAGAGUUGUAGUUCUGAGAGCGGAUCCAACGUUAGCUUGUAGUUCUAUGCCUCGGCAGGCUAAAUUAGCUUGCUAAGUGGCUUCACAGCUGGACGGAACAUCACUUUCACCCACUAUCACUUGAGAGGAGUCAAUCUUCUGGCGAGAUCAUGUCGGAUUUCUCGCUGGCAGAUGCCUUAGGAGACGACAGCCCAAGCCAGGCUAAGAAAAUAGGGAACACUAACCCGUCUGCCCCGGCCAGCAACCAGCCACAUCCCACAAACCCAGGAUGGCCUGGUUCAGCCCCAGGGGCUCCCACCCAGCCCUCCGCUCCGGGUGACUUCGCCGGCGGAUCAUCUGGCCCAGGGGCUCCAGGGCAGUUCCCGUUUCAGUCCGGCCCUGGUGCACCAGGGCAAUACCCAGGACCUCCUUCAGCACCUGGUGGGUUCCCCCCUGGUCCUGGAAUACCUGGACAAUAUCCACCUGCACCAGGAGCUCCAGGGCAGUUCCCCUCCAGCCCUGGAGCCCCUGGGCAGUUCCCCGGGCACUUCCCUGGGCAGUACCCACCUGAAGGAGCUCCAGGACAACUACCCGGAGGCCCCGUUCAGUACCCAACUGGACCCUUUCCUUCUGGCCCUGGAGCUCCCUCUGGGCCUUAUCCAAGUAUGCCUUUCCCAGGAAGUCAGCCAGGUGGAGACAAUGGGAUGUACGGACCAGGUGGUCCAGGUGCAUUCCCCCCUCCAGCUGGCCCUGGCUCUUUCCCUGCAUUCCCUGGUGGAGCAUUUCCCCCAAUCCCCCCCGGGUCAUGGGGACCACAUGCAGGUGGAGGCUUCCCUCCUGCCCCUGGUCCCUUUGGACCUGGCCCAGGACCGAUGGGUCCAUAUGGUGGGCCUGCCGCUCCAGGAGGCAUGAUGAUGAUGCCGUAUGAUCUCCAGCUUCAUGCUGGAAUGAUGCCACGACUUUUAAUCACAAUAGUUGGGGAGCCCGUUCCCGGUGCAGACAGGUUCCAAGUCGACUUCAUCAAAGGUUCAGACGUCGUCUUUCACUUCAAUCCUCGAUUUGAUCAGCAAACAAUUGUCAGAAACUCCAAUCUAGGUGGAUGUUGGGGGCCAGAGGAACGAGAAGGAGACUUCCCAUUUGUUCAGGGACGCCGUUUUGAGCUGAAGAUCCUUGUGGAGGAGGACAUGUUUAAAGUGGCGGUGGACGGCAGCCACCUGCUGGAGUACGAGUACAGAGUCGACGGGUUGGAGGAAGUGACCCUGGUGCGAGUGGCUGGAGACCUCAUCCUCCACAGUGCAGCCCCGAGCAUGAUCUGAAUCUCAGAGCUACUAAACCACACGCUGUACCGGAGACCUAGGUCAAACUUUACCACCGUAUUUGAGAUUCUUUCAAGUACCUUGAUGGAGUUUUUGAGGCAGAAUAGUCAGCGAAGUGCAAUCUUUGCCCACCUGAAGCUUCUUCAUUUAUUACAGAACAGACAGCAGAUUAACCCAGGUCUGCUCACUAUAAUCCUAUUUUCCUUUUUACUCGCUGACAUCUCAUUUUAUAACCACUCACAAUCCAAUAUCUUUUAUGACAUAACAAUAUCAAAGUAGUGAAUGAGAUUAAGUGAAUCUAAAACAGGCGUUUUAGGGAAUUACUAAUUUAUACCUAAUGAAAAGAUUGUAGGUGGAAAAGUGUGACAUGUCCCAAAUGUUUUCCACUAGUAUGCUGUAUUUUGUUUACAGUACAUGUAUGUUUAAUUCUAUCCUUUAUAUCAAAAUCUUGACAGGCCUUUGUAAUGCAUGAGAGCGUGCUGCUGAAAAUCAACUUGGUUUCCUUUUCAUCGUCUUACUUACAGCGCUGGCCGACCCCACCCCUCCCCUCAAGACUCUCUGGUCUGUUACCAUACAGUAGGCUAAUGAUGAAGUUUCUUAAAAUGUAUUUAUAUACUGACUUUGAGCUCCUCCUUUCCUCAGUAUUAAUGCCCCUGAGCUCUCAGACUGGAGGGACUUAUGAUUUCAUGUUGAAGUCAAAUAGUUAAAAAAAAAAAAAGUGAGGCUCAAGUAAAACGUUGGAAUGGGGAGGGAUGAGGGUCUCUUGUUGAUUUUGUUGCCAAAGAUAACAGUGGUACAAUAUUUUGAGAUUAUAUGCUUAUAAAUAAAGGGCAACAAACAAAUAAUGACUGAUUAUGCUGUUUGAUUCAGAAUAUUGUACACUUUUCAUGAGCUGCCUGCCUGUACACAUAAUAAAUGCUAGUUUCCCCGUU